AUGGCUUCCAACGGUGCCCUCCCUCAAACCCUCAAGGCUAUCACUGCCACAAAGAUCAAUGAACUCUCCAAGCAGCGCGCGAUCUUUGACCAACACAAGGAGAAGAUCCUCGCCGCUGCCAAUGCUGCCACAGACCUGCGCUCUCGUGCUCAUGCCUUACUGGACGGACUCGCACGCCUGAAAGGUCUCCCUAGAGAGUCACUCGACAAAAAUGACAGCGACCUGGACGCCGAUUCAGACUCGGGCGAUGAACGCACUCCUUACCACACUCUACGCCGCGAAUCUGAAAGCAUAUCUGACCACUCCAACAUUCGCCGUUUCCUUCUUCAGGGUCCGUACGACAGUUCGAUCUCUCAGUCAUCACUCCAGGACUGGGUCAACCAGCUUGAAAGGGAAUUAUCUUUCCUGGAGGCCAAAUAUGAACAUGGUGCCUUCUUCAGCAAGCUUGUUACUGAGUGGCUAUCGGAGCUGGACCCCGCCGACCAUACCAAGCCCACCAAAUCCGAUUCCAACUUUGAGCAGGUCGGACGGGCUGAGAUGCACGAGCAACGCGCUAAAUGGGAAGCCCUCGUCUUCACUCCUGCUACACACGUCAGCGACAAGGCCAUCAAGGACUAUCUCGACAACCUUUUUAAGCAAUCCGAGCUUUCUCGUGAGGCUAUCAAGGAUCUCAAAGCCAGCAUCAAUUCUUUUGCGAUCAACUUGACAUCAAGAGGAAAAUGGGUCGAUGUACCCACCCUCAAAUGGGUGUCCAAGGCUCUUCUGAAGACUGAUCUCCUCAGUAAUGAGAAAUCGUCAGUUCUAAAGGAGUUCAUGCGGAACAAAGAGGUCGCUCAGGAAGUUGCAGACGUGCUGAACAUGCGAAUUGCCUCGCUUGACAGCUGGGCCUGGGAUGGAAACGGAAUCCCCAUCGAGAUGCGUCGUCAGUUGAGCGGAAAGUACCGAGUAUUCAUGGAUGAAGAUCUCCUUGAUGCCCUCCUUCUGCAGUAUCUUGGAACCACUUGGUCUGUGGAGUUUCGACGGGUGUUUCAAACAUUCUUGCACUCUCACGCCUGGAAGCCUCUUCGUGAAGACAUCCCAGAAGAGCACAAGGAGCGACGCAGAUAUUUCUUGGGCUCAGACGCCAACAAAACUCUGAAUAGAGUCAACGAAACCCGGAAGAAGACUUACGAGGCUGAGUAUUUCAUGAGUCAACUGCCUACUUCAGUUGACGAAGGCGCUCAUGAGUAUGACGAGGAUAAUGAAGGCGCACAGGAGGAAAAUAGGCCUAAGAACGCUUUGGACAAAAAGCACUCUCUUCUUCAUCUCUUAGUCACAGAGUCUAUUCUCAACAAACAUCAGCGUGGAGAAUUCACCGUAGUGCGGUCUGACUUUGAAUGGUUCGGUCCUUCCAUGCCUCAUACCACUUUACUCACGGUGCUCGAAUACUUUGGAGUUCCAGAGAAGUGGCUCAACUUCUUCAAGGUUUUCCUGCAGGCUCCACUCAAAUUCUUCCAAGAUGGAGAUAAUGCUGCUAUCCAAACCCGCCAACGCGGACUACCCAUAAGCCACACACUUGCUGAUUGCUUUGGAGAAGCAGUCCUCUUCUGUAUGGAUUACGCAGUCAACCAAAGCACAAACGGAUCUUAUCUCUACAGACUCCAUGAUGACUUCUGGUUCUGGGGAGCAGAGAAGACCUGCAUCAAGGCAUGGGAAGCGAUGUCCCAAUUCUCCGAUGUGAUGGGUCUGAAAUUCAACAUGGAAAAGACCGGAACAGUGACAAUGGGAAAGCCCCCCAACCUCACCGACAAAAAAGAGAACCCGAAGUCAAUCCUCCCCGAGGGCGACAUUCGCUGGGGCUUCUUAGUUCUCGACGGAGAGAAGGGCAAAUUCACAAUUGACCAGACUCAAGUUGACGAGCACACUGAAGAGCUCUCGCGCCAGCUGACCUCUUGCAAGAGCGUAUUUGCCUGGGUUCAAGCUUGGAACGCUUACUUCGGCCGCUUCUUCGCAAAUAACUUUGCAAAGCCAGCUGUCUGCUUUGGUCGAGACCACAUCGACAUGGCCAUUUCUACUCUCAGUCGCAUUGAGCACACACUUUUCAACAAGGGUAUAGGUGAAACUGGCGCGCCGGAGUCUCCCCGAUGGCUUCUUCUAUUACCCCCCGAGCUCGGUGGUCUGGGACUUCUCAACCCAUUCAUCAAGCUGCUUGCCAUGCGCGAGGACAUCACGGAGACCCCGCGCAAAAUCCUACACAAGGCAGCUCUCCGUGACGAAAAGACCUACCAAUCCCUCAAGACCAAGUUUGAGGAAGACGGACCGGAUAGCAACGCCCCGGCUCUGAUUGGUACAGGCGCGAAGCCCUUGCCGUUCAUGUCUCUCGAAGAAUACAACAAAUACCCGGAAACCCACAGCGCGGGCCUUUGGAUUGCGUACAUUGCUCUGUACCGUGUUCCAGAGGAGGACGGCGUGGAUCUGACUGCUGGAUUUGAAGCUCAUCAGGGAACCCUGGAAUCGAAGUCGCCCAUUUCCAAUGACUGGUAUUCCAUGACUCCUUACUGGCGCUGGGUUGCACAGUUGUAUCACGAUGAGAUGAUUCGCACUUAUGGUAGUCUUGCUGCAGCAAAGCGCGAGUUUAUGCCUCUCGGUGUGGUGAAGACUUUGCGCGAAGGUCGGUUUAGAUGGCAGGGAUAG